CAGCGCCGGGCUUGCCGCUUUCUCGAAGCUGCCCGUGGAAACGGAUGGGGUCGGUAGCGCUAGCGGGCAGCUAGCUGCCCGUCGUCGGUCGCCGCUGGUCCCGAGAGCGGGGAAUAAUAGCCGGUCCCUGACCGCGUUCGCUUCUUGGCUCCGACGCCGGGCGGGUUGCUGAGCUCGCGGGGAGGCUGGUGGUGGUCCUCGGCGAUCCCGUUUUAGGUGUGCAGUGCUGGAUUUAGAAGCAUCUGAAUGCUGUGGAUAUUUCCUAAAAGACCUGAGGUGGAUUCCACCAUGUGUUCCUCAAACUCUGAGAAGUACCACUCAUGACUCAGAAUGUUCUCUUAAGGCCAGAUAAUUGUCACAUAGUCGCCUAGACAGGGCUACAGGUUCAGCAGCUGUGUGGCUGGGCCCAUCAAUCAAUUUGUCGAAGAAAUGGACACCCAUAUGGACUUGCUGACAGAGCUCCAUCUUCUGGAUAAGGUACCUACCCUAGAGCGACUCCGAACUGCUCAGAAACGCAGGGCUCAGCAGUUGAAGAAAUGGGCUCAGUAUGAGAAGGAGAUGCAGCACAAGAAGCGGAAGCACGAGAAAAAGAGGAACGUUGUCUGCUCCAAGAAGGUGUCUUUUGAGGCCAGUGUUGCAUUGCUGGAAGCUUCGUUAAGGAACGAUAUUGAGGAAGUCUGUUAUUUAUUGAACAACGACUUCAAUCCCGAUCUGUGCAAUGAAGAUGGAUUAACUGCACUGCAUCAAUGCUGCAUAGACAACUAUGAAGAAAUAGUUACACUCCUUCUGAGCCAUGGGGCCAAUGCCAAUGCAAAGGACAAUGAACUGUGGACUCCUCUGCAUGCAGCAGCAACAUGUGGACACAUCAAUCUAGUGAAGAUCCUGAUUCAGCAUGGGGCAGACCUACUGGCAGUCAAUGCAGAUGGCAACAUGCCAUAUGAUCUCUGUGAAGAUGAACCAACUCUGGAUGUUAUUGAGACCUGCAUGGCAUACCAAGGAAUCACACAAGAGAAAAUCAAUGAGAUGCGAGCUGCUCCUGAACAGGGAAUGGUUGAUGAUAUUUCAGAGAUGAUUGCAAGAGGAGAGGAUCUGAACAUAAUAGAUGCUCAAGGUGCUUCACUGUUACAUAUAUCUGCCGCCAAUGGUUAUCUACAUGCAGCAGAACUGCUUCUAGACCAGGGAACCAGACUGGACCUCAAGGACUGUGAUGGCUGGGAACCCCUCCAUGCUGCUGCUUUCUGGGGACAUAUGCAAAUGGCGGAGCUAUUAGUGUCCCAUGGGGCAAACUUGAGUGCCCGAACAGCUAUGGAUGAGAUGCCAAUAGACCUGUGUGAAGAAGAGGAGUUUAAGGUUCUACUCUUAGAGCUGAAGCAUAAACAUGAUGUCAUCAUGAAAUCUCAGAUGAGACAUAAGUCCUCCUUGAACAGGAGAACAUCAAGCACUGGGAGCAGAGGAAAAGUGGUGCGGAGGGCAAGCCUUUCAGAUCGAACAAACCUUUAUAGAAAGGAAUAUGAGAAGGAGGCUAUCAUCUGGCAACAGAUAGAAUCUUCUGAGGAGCAAAGAACUUCUGAUUACAAUAUUGACAUUCGGGAGGCUUCCUCUAACCAAGAGAACACAGAUCCAAAUUUGACCGCUGAUACAGCUAUAAUCCUUCCAGAGCUGGUAACAAAAGGAACACAAUGUGAUUCAGAAAAUUUGCUUCAGAAUGGACUCAGUCUACCCUCCAUUCCUUACCAAUAUUCUAUUCCAAAUGGAGAUAUUUGGUUAAUGCAUUCAGUCCUGGACAAUGAUGGAAGCCAAGCAUUGCCCUACAAUACCCCUGGGAUUUCUGACUCUCAUCACAUCUGGGAGGAGUACAAAGAAAGAAGCCACCAAACCCUUUCUGAACUGAAACGGCAGCGAGCAGCAGCCAAACUUCUCAAUCACCCCUUUAUCAGUACACACUUUGCAAGCGGUAUAGGAGACUCAGUGGAAAAUGGGGGAGAAGCUAAAGAACAUUUGAUUAAUUCCAGGACACCUUCUUAUACAUCCAAUGGAACUUCAGUUUAUUACACCAUAUCAAGUGGUGACCCACCUCUCUUAAAAUUCAAGGCUCCCAUGGAAGAAAUGGAGGAGAAGGUGCAUGGCUGCUGUAGGAUUUCCUGAUCUCAGUUUAUUCCUACCAAGUUGGUAGGCAUGUUGCAUCUACUACUGAAUCUUCAUUUUUACUUUUGCAGGAUCACAGAAUCUGGUUCAAUCAUCUGGGACUAUACCUAAUUCCAUAUUUUGUUUUUACAGUUUCAUUAAAAAUUGAGCAUGUGUAGGUGGAAAGAGAAGUGAAACUCUACACAUAACUUUUGUCUACUAGAUGAGAGAAUGCUCAUUUGAUUGCAACUCUAAUCUGAUUUGAAAUAUCUAUUCAUGGGUUUCUGGGACCAUAAUCGGCACAUCAGAAAUAAAUUCUGUUGACAUUGGUACAGCAUUACUGACAAAUACUCUUUUACAAGCAGACUAGGUAAACAAGAGAGGACCCAGUUUCUCUGUGUAAGGUUUUGCACAUGAAGAUAUAUGCACUUUAUGAUAGCAACCAACCCAAAAACAUAGCCUCUAAUGUGACUGCACUGUUGGAAUGUUAACUAUCUUGCUGCCAAUUUUGUUUUGCCAUCAUUUAUUAGCGUUCAUUUUUUAAAAUCAUGAUGUAGGUUUUCAACUGUUUUAAGGAAGAGGUUAUUUUCAGCUCCUCAGAGGAGCAGUACAGUUAAAAAGAUUCAUGCUUCUAUCUAUCCUUCUCCACUGAGAGUCCUUUUUAGUUUGCACUUGAAAAUAUUUUGCUAUGCAUUGCAGUAGUGUAGCAAAUUUUACUUCAUCAUGUUCCGUCAGAGAACUUCCAUUUUUGAUUUUAUCUCCAACUUCUAUUUUGAAGAUUUUGUGAGAAGUUUUCUUUCUUCCCAGUAUUAUGCCUUGCAACUUGUACUAUUAUUUGAUUAGCUUGUUCUGCUGUACAUUAAAAAAAACCCUUGAAGUGGCUUUUAAACAUUAAAUCUAUACUAGGAUUUGAGGAUGAGGUUGGGCAUCAUUUUGUUUCACUGCAAAUUUCAGCUAAAUCUUUGUACUUACCACUUUCUGCAUUUUGUUUGGCCAAGAAACUGGUGGCCAGAAUUUAUCUGCUAGAAUUUAGUUGUAUUCAUAGGAGAUCUACAUUCCUGAGUCAGGUUCUCCUCAUCAUUACACAUUUAUCUACCCUUCUUUUCUCUGAUGCUAUCUAAUUGUGUUAGGAAUAUAAUAUUCAGAAUUCACUGCCUGCACUUGGAGGGUAAAGCUGCAAAUUUCCCAUGUUAACAUUGUAAGAGUGUUGUGCAUUGCUCCACUCCACAGAAGCACAUGAGGAGGUUUUCACAUUGAAUAAAAGCCACUUAGCAAUAUCUAGCAAAAAUAUUUGAAUUUGCAGAUGACCAGCACAUAGUCAUGUGGUGGAAGCCUGAUUGCCAAUUAGAGAUAAAUACGUAUUCUUAUUACCCAUAAGACACUUAACUGCACAUUUCAUUUUAGUUUGCUGAAAGGUGUACUGGUCACUGUUGGUCUUGUUUUUUAACCCAACCCUUUCUUGACUCAUACCUGAUUUAUGAAAUAGUAAUGAUUUAAUCUUAAUUCUCUAUAAAGUUUUUUUAUUAGAGUGAAAGGAAAGUGUAACUUCUGAAACUCUUCAUACUACAUCUGAUGUACUCUUCCAUCAAUUGAAGAUUAGAUUUGGAAUUCUCUUGCUAAAACCCAAAGUCUCUAUUCCUUUGGCAACCAUUUUACAAGCAAGAAAGCAAACUAACUUUUCCUUAACAGGGAAAACAGUGUACAACACAUAGCAAACUAGCUAUCUAAAAGGCAAACUAGGCAACUUAGUCUUUCCUACUAUAUAUCCAAGGGUAUAAUUUUUAGAAUAAUUACAGGGCUUUUAAAAUUACAUAUAUAUAUUGCACAUGAUGCACAUGAUGAAGGGGAAUGUUUCAUCUGAAGAAGUGUCUGCAGUUUUAUGAAAAGCAUUCUAGAAAUCUGAACUUGUAUUUAACACACAAUAAUGAGAAAUAGUCUUCAAUGCAAGAUAGCAAAUUAAGAGCAGCUGUGCGUUGGCAAAUUAUAUGUGAUUAAAAUGACUGUUUCAGCAAUGAAAAUCUCACAUCUUAUUUAAUUCAUGAUGUUGGAAAAGUAUCUCUUAAGUAUCGUGCUAGAGCUGAUAAAUAAUAAAGUAGCUGAAAAUUUCACCUAUUAUUCAAUAUUUAGUCAAUUUUGUACUUGCAAAUAUAACUGCAAAACAAUUGUCUUUGUUUAUUUUUACUUAUUUUUUAUUCAGUUUUUCAAAAGAUCCUUUAAAUUGGAGAAAGAGGAUAAUCCUGAAACAGAUUUUGUUUAGACUUUUUCUCUUUUAACUAAAUUGUUAGGUGCAUGCUCUCUCUGAAGCUUUCUACUUACAGAGCUGUAUAUCUGAGCAGGUAAUCGUGGUUCUGUGUUUUCAAUAAUGUCAAAAUUGUAAAGUGUUGUUGAAUAUAAUAUGCAGUAGGAAUUAAGGAUAGUUCCGUACAAUCUUCCUUCUUGUCCAAUAGUCGAAAGAAUUGUUCUGUAGUUAGUAGCAAGGAGACAGGUGUUUAACAAAAUUUCUCAGCAUUUAUAUCAAGUUAUGAUUUAUAGGAGCCAUGACAGUAAAUUUAUGUAGUGAUCAAUAAUUGUAUGUCGAAGAAAAAGCAGUGUUAAUGUAAGUGCUUUGGGUCCUGAUCUAGUUUCUUUCUGCUUGUAACUUUCUUGAGUUUUAUCACUUCUAUAUUUUUUUCUCCAAAACUCUGUUAAAGAGGAAAAAAAUAGCAUCUCACCUUUAGCUAUUUUUGUGCAUUGUAUCUGGGAGUACCCAUAGAUUCUUCUGAUACUUCAAGUAAUGCUAUAAUAAAAAGACAUGCAAUCCCCCUUAAA